CCGAAACUACCACAAACAAUUUAUUUCACCCGGGGGCACAGUCAUCACUCAUGAACAUAACACGUCUACUCUGUUUGUACAAACUUACCCUCCAGAUGUUUUGACGGACGCUCCUAUGCCCGCAGACCACGCGACUCGCGUUGGAGGUUCCUUAAUGUCCAUUUCCUUCUUCUACUCUUUGCCACGUUGUACAUGACACCACGAUGCCGAUCGGUGAUAUCUUAGCCCAGAUUACAGGGGAGCCGAGUCCCACGGCGACAACACAUACCAUACCUCCACUCCCAAAGCGCAAACCCGAUGAGCAGCUCCGGAAGCCCGUAGACAAGAUACAGAGGACCGGACCGCCAACGGGUGGCUCUUCAAAUCCGACUACACAAGUAUCCAAGCGGCCGGCAGCCGAUUCCUCAAUGGCAAAAAUGAAGUUGAGUCAGAAUGGUCGGCCGUCUUUGCAGAGUCCUUCGACCACUUUCAAAAAUGGGCAACCAACACCACCUCCGCAAAGCGAAUCGGCAAAGCCUCCUAAGAAGGGCUCAUAUGCAGAAAUUAUGGCGCGAGGCAAGGCAGCACAGGCAACGCUGGGACAGGUUGGCAAGAUUCAGCAUAAGAAGAUUGAGAAGCUUCCCAGCAAGCGGGAGAGGGAAGAGAUGAAGGCAACGAAGGCACACAAUCUGCAGAAGAAUCUGGGCCCGAAUGGCAAAUUUCGAAAAGCAGGACAGCAACUGCUCAAGGAUGGACGGAAUGGUGCUGAGGGCAGUGAGCGGACGGUCUCGAACGGAAAGGUUGGCACUGGAAAGAAGUCUGCGGAAGCUUUGGAAGAGAAGAAGGUCAAGAAAGCUGCUACGGCAACAACAGGGUAUACUGGAACAGCCCGACCUAAACUUGGUGCAAAAGUUUCUUCUCGACCAUCUGCAUCUGGUUCUUCUCGGUAUGAUCGAGGUCCUGACAGAUACCGCGAUGAUAGAUACGACUCCUCAUCCAAACACCAAUUCUACCGUAGUGAGGACGAGGAAGAGGAAGAAGAGGAAGAAGAGGAUUACGCCUCUGAUGUCUCUUCCGACAUGGAAGCCGCUGCCUUCGAAGUUGACGAGGAGGAAGAAGAAGCUGCUCGCAUUGCUCGUCGUGAGGAUGCCGAAGCCCUGGCUGAGGAGAAUCAACACAAGCGAGAAAAAGAAGAGAAGCGGAGAAGAUUAACUGCUAUGGCCAAGGCACGACGAUAAUGUGGCUACGAGAACAACAUAAUGAUGCUUGGAUGACGUUUGGCCGGAUAGGAGAUGCUUUUGCAUUGCUUCAUGAGCGUAGAACGUUGAACAUCCCUUUUCAGUUUAUUAGCGAUAUGGCGUCACGGGGUCAUAUGCAUUGAAGGCGUUUUCCUUCAUGCAGUUGUGAAAUGCUUUGUUAGUAUUCAUCAAUCAAUAGUAUCCAUUGAUUUGCACACAAGGCCAA